GCCACAUGCAAAAAGGCUUCUCAUAUGACACACUCUCUCUCACACACACUCUCUUUCUCUCUCUACCGUUGAAUUCAAAUUCUAUUGCCAAAAUAAGCUCCUAACCAACGUUCCUAUUCCUUCUGUAUCAAGUGAAAGAAAAAACAGAGCAAAUACAGAGACAUCCAUCCUAGAGAGAGAAAAUGUCAAUGAAGACGAAGACGACGACAACAACAACAAGAACGAGACCCAAGUGGCACCCAACACCGCCGCCACCACCAACACCCAAGAUCCUCAACCUCCCACGGCGGCAUCGCCGGAAACAACCCAAAACUUUGGCCGGAAAACCGUCGCUUUCCACCGCAGACGCAGAGCACCGCCGGAGCUACAGAGGGAAGCUCGAGAAUCUGUUCGAUCAAGAGCGAACCUUUUCGAGAGCUGUUCCUAUUGUGCUGUUGAAUUCAGGUGGGGAUGAGAGAGAGAGGAGAGAGAGAGUGGGAGAGUGUGAAGGGAGUGGAGGGUUUGCGGAGGAGAAGUGGAGGUUUCAAGCGGAGAUUCUGAGGGCUGAGUGCAAAUUUCUGCGAAUGGAGAGAGAGUUUGCGUUGAAGAAGUUGGAGAGGAAUCGAUUGCAGAUGGAGAAGACUCUGCGAUCUGCGGUGCAGACUCUGGUUUCUGGAAGAAAGAAAAUUUAUGAAGGAAAGAGUGUGAGUGCUGUAUUGGAGGAAGAGAUUGGAGAUUUAGCAGAGAAAUUGAAUGAGCUACAGAGGAGCUCUAGAGUUAAAGAUUUCGAGGUUCGAAACUGUAGUAAUUUUGAUAAAAACGCAUCCCUUUUGCAGCGCCGGUUAGAGAAGAUCGGUGGCUUGUCUGAUGAGAAACGCGUAAAGGAGAUUCGAGAGAUGGCUGAAGCAAGCUUGUCCAUCAAUACAAGUCCUAAACUCGACGAUCAGAGCUUUGCUUCGGGUCACAAAGGCAAUAACAAGCUCACCCAUGUGGAGGUACUGAGAAGGAAAAUAGAGGGACUGUCAAAGGGUAUGUUGUUGGAGAGAAUGGAAGAGGAAUAUGGGGCAAUGCUUUCUACAACAACAAACAGUUCUGUUAAAGACCUCCCACAGGAAUCAAUGUCCCACGAGGAGAAGAAAUGCUCGAGAUGUUGCAAGGCUAUAGUGAAAAGGAUUGUAGAGCAAGUGAGAGCUGAGACGGAGCAAUGGUCCCAAAUGCAAGAGAUGCUGGGGCAGGUCAGGGAGGAGAUGGAAGAACUGCAGGCUUCUAGGGACUUCUGGGAAGAUCGCGCACUCAGUUCUGAUUAUGAAGUUCAAUCCUUACGUUCCAAUGUGCAAGAAUGGAGACAGAAAGCUCUCACCUCUGAAGUCAAGGCCGACGAGCUACAAACAGAAAUAUCUGCACUUAGGGGAGAGCUUGAAAAGUUGAGGAUAGAACGACAAGGGGAAGUAACAAGGACAAAAGAUUCAUCAUUGGUUUCACGAGACUCGCAGAAUGAAAAGGAGAAGCGUGUGUUGAUAUGCCGGCUGAAGGAAAAUCAUCAAACUAAUGACAAAGGGAGCAAGCAGGAGAUCCUCAGUGAUGCUAGAAGAAAAAAAGCGCACACAUGCAGCAACGGACUUGCAGAGGUGAAACGGUCACCAUUCCGAGAUAUUGGUAAUUCAUCACUAUUGGUGAGGCAGAACAGUAAAGCAAUUUUCCCUUUGCAUUGUCCUCAUCCAUCCAUAACAGAGGAAGGCUUCUAAAGAUGUGCUGAGACACAGAGUAAGAGAGAGAAUCUCAGUUCCCUGAUAAAAGGAAGAACGAGAAAGGGUACUUUGUAUUAACUGUAAUAACACUUCUUAAUGGAGAAACUAUCCUUACAUUGCA